UCUCAAAGGGUGUGUUUUGUCCACAUGUAAAGCCACCUCCCCCUAGUCACGAACCAACUAAUUUAUACAUAUGCCCAACGGAACGCCCACUACUCUCCAUGCUUGUUCUUUCUACACCUUUCACUUGUUAAACCGGUGCCGGGUAUAAAAUCUCCCCAGCCCUCCCCCACAAGGCUCCCCCACUUUCCCCUCCCCCCGACUGCGAAUCAUUCCGUUCGUCGCUCGACAUGGCGACGGAACCUGUAGAGUUUCAGGUUGUGGUGCUCAGGGUGUCCAUCCAUUGUGAAGGGUGCAAAAAGAAGGUGAAGAAGGUGCUCCUACAUAUUGAUGGCGUGUACAGAUGCGACAUCGACGCCCGGAGAAACAGGGUGGCGGUCACAGUCUCUCCAAAGAUCGACGCCGGGAUCCUCGUCGCGAGGCUGCGCAAGUCCGGCAAGCUGGCGGAGCCUUGGCCGGAGGAGCCCAAGCAGCAGCAGGAGCCGCCUCCGCCUGCAGAGAGCCAAAGCCAAGAAACCAAGAACCAAGCAGAUGAUGCCAGCAAGCCUAACGAGGCCGCCGAGAAGCCCGCUGCCGAGCCAAGCACCGCCCAGCCUCCGGCGCCGGAGCCCGAGAAGACCGCCGAAGAGACCCCACCGCCGGCCGAAGAAAACAAAGGGCCCGACGAGGCCAAGGCGGAGACAGGGCCGCAACAACAACCCAGCGAGGCGAACGAGAAAGCCAAGCAGCAGCAGCAGCAGGAGCAGCAUGAUCAUCAUGAUAAGCCGAUGGACGCCAGGGUGACGAUGGAGUACGACGACGCCCGCAGCAGAGGCGUCUACGGCUACGGGGGCCCCCACCAGUACAUGCCAGCGACACGGCAGCCGCCGGUGCACGUCAUGAGCUACAACGUGGCGCGGCCGAUGGCGAGCUCGUCCUACUACGCCGCCGCGCCAACGCCGGCGGCGAUGCCGAUGCCCACGCCCAUGGCGAGGCCAGGGCCGUCGCACGGCGGCUACAUAGACGAGUACGCGCCUCCGAACUACUACAGCCGGCCGGCGCCAUCGGCGUACGAGCCCUACUACUACCCCGAUUCCCAGCCAUCACCAUACGGACAGCAUCAGCGUUCUGCGGCCGAGGACUACUACUACGGAGCGCCCCCGCCGCCUACGCAGAGGAGCGCCUUCUCGCCGCCGCGGGAGGCUUACGGCGACAUGUUCAACGACGAGAAUGCCAAUUCUUGCAGCGUGAUGUGAAGGGGAUCCAUUCGGCAGGCUUAGCUAGUUAAUUCAAAGUUUUUUAAGUGAGGACCUCUCCAUGUGUUAGAGCCGAGAUUUUAGUAGUAGCAACCGAUGUAUUAGCAGUAUUGCUCAAAGUUCCAAGCUAGUACUAGAAUAAACCGGUGCAUGCAUGAGAGGAAGAACGGGAGGGACUCAUGGAACAGCUCUGAUGGAUGCUUACUGGAGCAAUUUUGUAAUAUACUUCCUCUGUGUUUGAACUGCAAAAACGUCUUAUAUUUA